AUGGCCGACGUUCGAGCCCUUCUCCGCCAGCAACGAGCAGCCCGUCGCAUCACCCACCCGUACGCCCUGUACACAGACGCCUCAAGGCUGCUCUGCACCCUCUGCGGCGACCACGUCCGAGCCGAAUCCCACUGGGACGCCCAUCUCCUCGGCGACAAGCACAAGCAGCGGCUCUCUGCCCUAAACGAGAGCACCAUUGCCAAUGCCAAUGCCAAUGCCAAUGCCGACGAUGGCGACAACGCGGAAGACGAGGACCAACAGGAAGACCAACGUGAAGCAGGACCAGAGGAUGUCGAGGAUCACGACGUCUUGGCAGCGCAAAAGCGGAAGCUCGACCAACUAGGUCCAGCGGAAAAGGACACAGACCUCGACGACGAGGACGAGGCGCGCAGGAAACGCAGCAGACCCGCGACGGCAUCCGAAGACGACGUCAACCGCAAGAAGCCUCUCACGCCCACGCAAGGCGCCCAGGUCCAGAUCGCCUCGCGAUCAUCCACUCCCUCGCAGCCAGCAGCAGUGCCCAAGCUGGCGACUUCUCUCCCCUCCCGCCAGGCCAGCAGUCUCGCCACUCCCGCAUCCUCGUCAUCCAUGAGCAUCAGCAUCCAGCCCCCGUCCUCCUCGCAGUCACAACAACCAACACCACAACAACCCGCAUCCCGGGACCAGCAAGUCGACCAAGACGAAUGGGCCGCCUUCGAAGCCGACAUCGCCGCCACAUCCUACGACGACGACGCCGUCAUCUCCCGCCCAGCCAUGACAGCUGCCGAAGCAGCAGCAGCAGCAGCCGCCGCAAAGGAAGCCGACCAAGGCGCCAUCCACAACCCAGAGUCCCGCAAGUCCAAGGCCGACGCCGAAAUCGAGGAUGAGCGCGAAGAAGCAUCCCGCGCCCUCGAGGACGAAUUCGAAGAGAUGCAGGAGCUCGAGGCGCGUGUCCAGCGCCUAAAGGAGAAGCGCGAGGCGUUGAUGCGCAAGAGGAGCGAGACCAUAAGCCAAGGCCAGGCUGUUGUUGCCGGAACUGGUGAUAUCCAGACGGCAAUCAAAGUUCCUUCCGAGCCGCAAGACGAAGACCAAGGGAAAGAGAAUGUCCAGACGACCGGCGAUUCUGCCAAAUCAGAAGCCGAUGAUGAUGACGAGGACGAUGAAGAUGAAGAUGAAGAAGAUGACUGGGAUGGCUUCCGCUUCCGAACAGGGCGGUAG